CUAUAAUUUUAUAAAUGCAGCAGGGAAAACAAUUUACUACAGUUCACACCCUCACUUUCAUUUGGAAUUUUUUUGCGUAGUUGCAAUCUGUUGAAAUGUUCCCCAAGAAGGCUGUGGAUAUCCUAAAAGAAAUCAGGGAUCUUUCGGGGAUUCUUGCUGGAAUGACCAAGGAGUUCAAUAUCGAUAAAUUUUUGGCUGUUUUUUUGGAUUCUUUCCUUGAGUACAGCUCUUCUGAUGAACUGUGCCAUUUUACUUUAUUAGCAAUUAUAGAGACAGUUUCUGUAAAACACUUUGUUGAUCGUAUAGUGUCCAAGCUACUUUAUUCUUGCAUGAGGUUAUCGCAGAGGAAGAAUGAGUUGAUAUCAUCUGAAUCAGGAAGCUGGGCCAAGCAAAUUUUAGAUUCUAUCAAUAAGAGUUACCCUGCUGAAUUUCUUGGAGCAGUUCACAAAUUUCUGGAGGACGCUAAAGUGCAAUCCAAGAAUGAAGAUUCAAUAUAUGAGAUUCUGUGCAGGACAUUAGAUGGGAACCUGGAUUUGUCAGUUGAGGUCUCCGAUUCAAAAAUUUGGUUUGCGCUGGAACAUCCAAAGGUAUUAAAUGUAGGCUUGAACAAUUGAAUUUUGUGACAUGAU